UUUUUUAUGUGUUUGUUGUUGGAUAUGCCAAUGAUGCAUAACAACAUAACAAUAACAUAUUUAUUUUUCAAUUUUGCAAACCAUGAACAUUUCAGCCGGAUCACAUCAACUCAUAUCACCGACAAAGUCACCCUAGAGGAAACAUGAAGAACAACCUACCAUAUGUACUGGUUACCAUGGUGAUGUUGUUAGAAUGUAGUAUUGAAGUGCUUGCUAAUUGCAGGAGGGAUCUGAACAGAUGUAGAACAAACCUUGCCAAUAUGAAACGCCAAUUGGACCAGUGCAAGAAACAAGAUGUACCGAAGAAAUCCUGUCCUAAAAGUUUUACCUACAAUGCUCAAUUUGGUUCAUGCUACAAUUUUGUGAUUGAAGAGCCAACAAAUUGGUAUAAUGCCCUUUCAUUCUGCAUGGCCAUGGGAGCAAACCUGGUUGAUAUAGAAACACAAGCUGAAUUGAAUUUCAUAUACAGUGAAAUCAAACAGAAGGGAUUGAACUGGCCAGGAUCUAAUGAGGAAUCUUUCUUUACUGGUGGAACAAGAAUAAAUGGUGAAUGGCAAUGGAUAGGUGGAGAAUCAUUUGACACCAAGCUAAUGUCUUUCGCACCAUGGGUGCAUGGUCAGGGCGCCAAAGUCAACCAAUUGUGCCAUAUUCUGUGGGCACCAGAUUCCUACAAAUGGCAUGAUCGUGAAUGUACACUUAAUCACAGAUACAUCUGUGAAAUAAAACUUGACAAGAAAUAAAACAUGACAAAUGAAUGACUAGCAGUUUCAAAAAAGAAUUUUCAUUGUACUAAAUAAACACAGAUUCUACACAAGAAAUAAAAAUAUAAUUCAAAAUGAAAA